AAAAUUUCUUGAACAAUUCGAUUGUUUUAUAUUCCCAGGCGUAGUCAGUAUUUUUUGCCCUCAAGCCGUUCACACACACACACACACACCAACACACUCACAUUGCAAGCUUGUGUAAAAUAUAUUACAACAAUUAAAAACAAACAACAAGUUAAUACAUUCUUAGUGAAUCGGUAGGAGAGUUCAAUUGUUUAAACAACCUAAAACCUUACGUGUAAAUUUUUGUGUAAAAGCGUGCGACCGAAUCGUGAAAUAGCCAGGGACCCAGCAUGAGUCGUGAAAAGAAGUGUAAGUAGUGAGUGAGUUAAUGGGAUGCGAUCCGAUCCGAAUCGAACCGAACCGAAAUCCCCUUCGGCCCACAGCACGGCACUCGGACCAAACGCAGCCGAUCGAGGAGAUGGCGGCGGCCCGCAUGGAGCGCCACGUUCUGAAGAACAUUGUGAGCAAGUUGCCAGUGUCGGAUCAGUUGGCGCUUUAUCGGAGCCACAAGCUGGUGCCUGAGGCUUGCACCACACUGUGGCGCAACACACACAAGCGCCUCGACUUUCGCACGGUCGAGAAGGAUCUGUGCGGCAAGGAUCUGGCCUAUUUCCUAUGCACAAUGGUCGACGACUUCAAGUACGUCUAUUUUACGGCCGAACGACUGCAGGAGAACCUGAACGUGCUCGAGAAGUCGGGCGUCAAGGCGUUGAAUAGUGUGCAGCAUUGCGAGCUUUUGGUGGGUGUCGAGCCACCCGUUAAACGUCAUCGAGGCAAUGGUGAUCAGUUCGAGGGCACCCUCCCGGGGGCGCCCAGUAUGGCCCAAUGGCCGUUGCAUGCUCUGCCCAAGCUGUUGCGCAAUCUGCGUCGCCUGAAGGUGUACUGUGACGUUCAGGUGCACUUCAUCGAGCAGUUCCCGCAACUGGAAUUUCUUGUGCUCGACGCCCAGGUCUCACAGUCGGCAUUGACCGGCGUCCUGGAGCGUUGCUCGAAGCUGAAGCGUAUUUUCGUCAAAUCAGAUGCACAGCCGCUGGACGUGCGUCGCAUUGGACGUUGCAAGCAAAUGCAAGAUGUCUCCCUGCCCGUCACAAUAUUCAAUGCCUCGAGAAGCUUCAUCAUCGAGCUGCCACAGCUGCAGUUGCUCGAGCUGACGAGCAAUGAGGAGCAUCGGGAAUUGGCCAUCGAGAGCAUGCGCUAUGUGGUGGAGCACAAGGCGGCUGAUAUGGAGAUUGUGCAGCUGGACUGCGCCUUUCUCGGUGGACCCUUCUGGAUCCGGGAUGCCGAACUGCAACGCUGCACCCGAUUGCGCGGCCUCGUUCUCAUCAACUGUCGCUUCAACGAUCGUGAGAUUGUCGAGCUAAAUAUGCCGCGGGUCCACAAGUAUCUGGUGUUCAGCGGAUGCCACGACCUCAAGGAAUACCAGCUACUGGACAUGCUGAAGAUGUGCCCCGGCCUCUGCGAGCUCUAUUUGAUCGACUGCCCAUUGCUCAGUGGCAAGGUGCUGCAGGGAAUUUAUCGCAUACGACGCAGCGAGAACACAGACUUCCCGAUCAGUGUCGUCCUGAGUCGCUGCAACGCCAUACGCGAUGAUUAUCAGCGUUUGUAUGCAUCGUAUUGGUACUUCAAGCUGGGCACCAUUAAGUUGGAACGCAUGGCUGAGGAGAAUCGCCCCAUUGAGGACAUACAGCUUUUCUUCUAUAAGAAUUAAUGUAAAUGAAUCGUUGAUGCCUAAUGCCAGAGGCUUACUUUAAUCGUUUAUUAUUUUAAUUACGCGAUUUAAAUGCCACUUAGGCACAUAGUAUUGACUGUUUCCCCAAUCUGUAUGCCAGAAAAUUAUAACAAAUAAAUGCAAGCUUCGAACAAAACAA